AGCACUGGCAAACCUCGCUUCUCUUGGGUUAGAUUGAACAGCUACGCCACAGCUGCACCUACACGACACACACAUCUACUCUCAGCCGUCCAAACAGAGUAACAGCAACGCUUUUACCGCAUGCUCUUGUUUCCGUAAAAGCCGAGGCAGUUAGUUCAACUGCAUUUGUCUAUUUGAUGACAACUAAGACACUGGUUCGUUUAAAAGUUUUUAUCCAAACCGCGAACGGAUGUGAGGUGUAAAAGUGAGGUUCUUUUUCCUUCAUCGCACUCCAGUUUUACCUUCUAGUUUCUCGUCGCACCUUCUUUGUAAUCGGGAAAACGAAUUCAAGUGGGAAAGCGGGAGUUGAUGUUUUUACUGAAAUGGACGUGAGAUUUUAUCCACCUCCACCACAACCACCAUCAGCAACAGAUCCUUCCCGACUGGGACAGUCGCACUAUUCGGAUCCUUCGUAUUGCAAUAAGUACGGCAGUGAGAACAUGUUCAUGGGUAUCCCAGAGCCUGGCCAGGACUUUGUGCCAGCGAACCAGUUCCGCGUUCCCGCCAGCCCCAGCCAAUCGCAGCAGCACAGUCCCAAACAGACAGGUGUGCAGUGGAAGCGAGACGGCCCUGCUCAGCCUGACGGCACACGCCUGCCCUGGCAGUCCUAUCCUGUACCUGGCCUGGGAGAUGAGGAUUUCAACAUCCCCCCGAUCACUCCCCCGACCCUUCCUGAACAUGUCCUGGCCCACCUGCCUGAGACGGACUCUGGAGCAUACCACCCCCUUUGCCCCCCUGUCUCUCAGAAUGGACUGCACCCCUUCCACCUGCAGGGCAUGGACCUGACCGGAAUGUCUGUCCCCAGCAUGGUGGGCCAAGAUGGAGGUCUUCUCACCAACUCGCUCUCAGUGAUGCAACAAAUGGUCCACUCCGAUUCACGGUACGGCAACCAUCCACAAGUAGAUGCACUCAGAACCAGGGUCCAGUCAGGCAUGGUUCCCCAGGGUCAGCUGACUACCAUCAACCAAUCACAACUCAAUACUCAGCUGGGAGUGAGCGGGAAUGGUGGUACCCAUGGCUCUCCAUCUCCUCCCGAGAGCAAGUCGGCUACACCUUCUCCCUCAAGCUCUGUACACGAGGACGACACAGAAGAGGCUCUGAAGAAUGGGGCAGAGAAGAGGCCGGCCUCAGACUUGGCCAAGAAGCCCAAAACUCCCAAAAAGAAGAAGAAGAAGGACCCCAAUGAGCCACAGAAGCCCGUGUCAGCCUAUGCCCUGUUCUUCAGAGACACACAGGCAGCCAUUAAGGGCCAGAACCCCAACGCCACAUUUGGAGAGGUGUCCAAGAUAGUGGCUUCUAUGUGGGAUGGUCUGGGAGAGGAACAGAAACAGGUGUACAAGAAGAAGACAGAAAGCGCUAAGAAGGAGUACCUCAAACAGCUAGCCGCCUACAGGGCCAGCCUUGUCUCCCAGACUUACAGUGACCCGGGCGAUGUGAAAGUGUCUCAGGCUUCUCAGAUGAUGGGCCCCAAGCCUCCUGUGUUCCCUGGGGCAGGGCAGUCCCAUGCAGGCCUCUACAUGGGUUCCCCCUACCAUCAGCAGCCAGGCCUAAGCUCCCAGCUGCCACCCAUGCAGGCAGGCCUGGCUCGAGGGGGCCCAUCCCGGCCCAGUGUCCCCAUGCCAGGCACCGUGAGCAUGGGUGGCAUGGCAGCUACGAGCCCCCCUCCACUCCAGAUCAGCCCCCCACUCCACCAGCACCUUGGCCUGCAGCAGCAGCAGAUCAGCAGCCAUGCAUUGCCACUACACUCACCAUCUAUGGGCCAGGGCUUUCCUCUGCAGGCGGAAUAUCAGAGCAUGAUCAGCGUGUCGUCCUCUGCUGGACCAGGUAUGUCCCCCUCCAUGGACUACCGAGCAGGCUGCAGGAAUGGGCCGAAUCAGAGCCUUGACUGGACCCCCGAUUACUGCAGCAACGGUGCACUGCAGAGAGAUAAAGCCUUGUAUCUGACCUGAGUGAGACCAUCAUUCCCUCAACUCCUUCAGCUCUGCAGGACCAAGGCAGUUCCUCCUCACACUCCAGCAAUCCAGUGACUGAUCUCCAGCCUACUCAUCCAGGCCUUAGACACAACACACAAAACACACACACACACACACACACACACACACACAAAUAAAGUAAAAAAUAACACUGCGUGUUCAUGUGUGAGAGUGAGUAUUGUUCUUUUGUCAUGACUCACUCUUUUAACAGAACCCUUUCUCUAUGGGGUUUGGAAUACAUUUCUUCUCUUAGCCUCUGACAUUCAGACAUUUGGGAGUUUAAAAAUAGUGAAAGCAUGAAAAUGUAAAUUCUAAAAAUAAAAUCACUUUAAAUACAAUCAUAAUCCUUCUGAUGCUAGAGGUUUAGUGCCCCAGCAUCCCACCCCCAAUAACCAGUGUUUUGGUCCUGAUUAAUAUUUAAGAAGCUCGUGAAAUGUGUUAUGGAGAUUGGUCAUGAAUGAGUGAAAGGAAUGGCGUAGGUCAAACUGUGAGCUUGUCAGUCCAUAAGCACUUAUUGCUGGGUCUUCAAGGCUCUAAGAUCUCAAAGACAGAGACAGCGAAUGAAUACCAAAACUGCUAAACUUUUUUGUUGUUGCUGUUUUAAAUAAAGAGAAAAAUCACAAUCUGAAAAAAAAAAAAUCACAUCAGAGAAUGUGUGGAUAAUUUAUCUCCCCCUACACACACUCUCCUUCUCUCUUCUGUCUCCCUCUUUCAAGCUACCCUACUCUCCUUUGUAUAUUUUUUGCUCUCUCUGUAAUGCUCUUUACUAGUGAACUGCCUUAGAAACAGAAUUUUGUUGUAAGUAUAAAGUGAUUGUUCAUAGGGACUGCUAUGAACUACUUAGUGGCUUUUAGCCCAGAUUUCAAGCUGUAAAUAGAAUCUGUGUGAUUAUUACUCCUAGAGUAUAAAGGUUGGAUUUUUUAGUUCCAAUGUGAUUUUGAAUUGGACCACACCGGUUCAUUUUUAGAAGCAAAGAGGGGUAACUAACCGAAAGAUGUUCCAUAUUCCCUUGGCAUUGGUAUCGCCAGCUGAUUAGAGCAAAAAUAUGAAAACUGGAAAUCUUUACUUUACCCAGUUUUAAAGAUGAUGAUGCCACCAACCCUUGAGAUAGCAUGAAAUGUUCUGAGUUCAUAAAAAAAAUAAAUAAAUUUAAAAAAAUAAAGGAAAAAAGUUUAUUUUGUACUACAUAAAAUAACUUCUUUUGUAUCACUUCUGCCAUAUUGAUUUAUGUCAUCCAAGCUAUGUGUAAGAAAGUGUCAGAAGCUUGUAUGGUGUUAAUUGGAAGCAGUGGCAGACCGGAGAGUUGCUGUAUAUCCCUGACAUAUGGCUGAUCAGUUACUAUUCCUCUACACUGUGUCUAUAUGAAAUCUUUUUAUGGUACUUGUUUGCGCCUAUUUAUGAGAAAAAAAAAUGUAACUGUAGGUGGUUUAAGUAAUUAUGUUAGCAUUCUGGGGAUGUUUUUCUGUUCAUUCGUUUUUGCAGAAUUGAUCCAGGCAACAAUGUGAAUAAUUCUUAUUUAGUUUUUAUUGUGUUUGAAGAAUAAAGGCAAACCUGCAUUUUUUGUGCAGUAAUCAA